AUCCCCUUCAUCAGCCGCGAUCUGCAACAAGUACGUACGGGCUCAGAAUAUGGCUUCGGUCAACCUCCCACCAUCUCAGAGGUUCGACUUCUCGGAUGUCGCGCCCUGGAUCGGGGCGUCUGCGCCAUCCCUGCGGCAGCGCUACGUGCCCGGCCUUCCCGAGGAGCUCUGGGAGUCGGACUUGAACGGACGCGAUGCGAUUGCACCCUACGCCAAUGAUGUGUGCGAAGGCCUCGCCAGCAUCGAGCGCGAUCGGGAGGCAAUGCGUGCUCAUCGAGAGCAGGUCGCCAGCCUGCUUCGAGGAAUGGAUGCCUUGAAUGCUGGUUUGGAUGAUGUGGCUUGUCGUUUGCACUCGCGCAUGGCGCCGGUGCACCAGCUGCCGUCGGAGCUCUUGGCCCUCGUGUUCCGCUUCUGCGUCCGCGAAGAGGCGAUUCCACUCUGCUACGAUGCUUCUCCUGGGUUGCUCACGCACGUCUGUCGUCGCUGGCGCUCUAUCGCCCAUGAGGAACCAACGAUAUGGUCUCACAUAGAUGCGACGGCGACCUGCCCCCGUGGAUACUCAAAAAGGGGACGUUUGUAUAACAAAGGCGCAUCCUCCAUCCUCUCAGCGUUUCUAGGUUAUUCUAAAAACCUACCUCUCAUCAUAAUGUGUCCUUCUGCGACCCUACCGGAGCCGGUACGCUUGGCUUGCAGUCCUUUUCUGGCGGAAUGUCAUCGAGUACGCAAUCUGGAAGCAAUAUCUGGACAUCCCUUUGUUGGGCAAUCUUGGCUCAAGGAUGAAUCAGAGAAAGGUUUUCCGUUGCUAGAGCAUCUCGAUCUCUCGAGAUGCUCGCCUUAUGUCGUCUCAGACCUGUCGUUCAUCUUUCCUGCCCCAGCACUUCGAAGUAUCGUGCUUCCACCAGUCCUGAGCGCCAUGUCGAAGGACUUAUCGCAGACCCUGAAGUACAUCACGACAUACUUCGGGCCUAUUGUUGGCAACUACUCCAUCAACGUCCUUCGAGACAUGCCCAACCUCGAGAAGUGUACGAUCAUCUUCGACGACAAUGGCCGUUUUUAUCGUCUUGAAGACUUGCCAUCCCGAUCGGCAAUGCUUAAUAAUGCACGCACAUUGCAAUUGAACGCUUGUGAUGGCCAAGUCUUCGAAGCCGGUUGGUACUUCAGCGCCCCGCAUGUUGAAACCUUGCGCAUCUUGCAACCGUCUUCGUGCUGCCUUCAGACCCGAAAACUAAUCAAAGACAUUGGAUGUCACUCGACCCUGGUUCACCUCAGCGUGGCUGUUUUGACGGGCAGCGAAGACGCGCCCACCAUGCUAGAGUUCUGCCCCAGUGUUCGUACGCUCGAGCUCCUCGUGUCAGACUCUCUGGAAGAAGGAAAGGAUGCGCGCGUCUUCAGCGACUUGGCGGACGCGGUAGCAGGAGGCGCCGGCCUGCUCCCCGAACUUCGGGUGCUGAGGAUUAUUACCAAAGACGCGGAUCGCAUCAUCCCUAGUCCCGCUCUCCAGCGUCUGGUACACCGACUGGCCGCCAUGCAGCCACCUCGCCUGACCGACCUUGAGUUCGGCAUACCAAAAGAUGAUGUAGCACGCUACCGCGACCUCGUCGGCGACAUCUAUGCGACUUUUCAGGGCACCACUCGGGUACGGGUGAUGGACUGGGCAUUUGAAGAUCCAGUUGUCGAGGACUCUCGUGAGGUGCGAAUCUUGUACUGACCAAAGGCUGAACGAAUCGCAGGACAAUGUUUCAUGGUGCUAUGAUAGCGACGAGGAUGGCGUCUUCCAAUACGCGCGCGCCUUGUUUUGAGUGAACAUGUAUACGGGUGGGAUCAGCUCAUUGACAAUGAUGGCUGAUAGCAGUCGC